UUGCAUGUACGAAAAUGGAGUAGAGAGAGAAAAUGGAGGUUGAGUGAGAAAUUGGAGAAAGAGGAUGAGAAAGAAAAAUGUGAUUAUUUGAAAAGUUUUUUUUUUUUUUAAUUAUAUAUAUAUAUGGGUGGGGCAGUGGGAAGUUACUGGCAGUUUUAGAGGGAAGUUACAGGAAUGUGUGGGGGUAGUGAUACGGCGUCGUUUAGGAGGGGUGUAGGGAUAAAUGGCUAAACUAGAGUCUAGCCAUAAACAAUUAACCAAAAUUAGCUCAAACUCGAACUUAUUAAAACUCGGCUCGAAUCGCAUUGUCUGCAGCCCAAUGCCCCAAGCCCAAACCCUAUAUCCAUUUCACAUGAAAUAAACAUUUCCCGCUCCUUUUUCCUUCACCACUACAGUUCCUGCCAACUCUCUCUCUCUCUCUCUCUUCUCUCUUCUCUCUCUUUCUCUGUUAACUGGUGAAACCAUGAAUUCAAGAGAUGUUACCUUGAUUUCAUCAGCUACUGUGAUCGGCGCUAUCGCAUCAGCCAUUGUUAUACGCUUCUUCUUCAACAACCCUAAGCAACAUCGCCGUCAAUCUUCCUCCAAAUCUUCUAACUCAAAUGCUAAACUUUCUUCUCAUUCUCCUUUCGAUCCUUCCAAGCGCCUAGGGUAUAUAUCUUGGGAUGACUAUUUUAUGGCCAUUGUUUUUCUCUCUGCUCAGCGCUCCAAAGAUCCUAAUCGUCAGGUUGGUGCUUGCUUGGUCAGCCAGAAUGGUGUAAUACUUGGCAUUGGCUAUAAUGGGUUUCCGCGAGGUUGUUCAGAUGACAAGCUUCCAUGGGCAAAGAAGUCGAAAAAUGAAGACCCUUUGGAGACUAAGUAUCCGUAUGUUUGUCACGCUGAAGUGAAUGCAAUUCUCAACACAAACCAUGCAUCUGCUGCAGGACAGAAACUAUAUGUUACAAUGUUCCCAUGCAAUGAAUGUGCUAAGAUAAUUAUUCAGUCGGGAGUUUCUGAAAUCAUCUACUUUGUGGAGAAGAGGCUUCCAAAUUCCGACAAAUGUUACAUCGCUUCUCACAAACUACUGUCAAUGUCUGGUGUAAAGGUCAGGAAACAUCAACCAUAAAUGGACCAGAUCAGCAUAAAAUUUGAAGAGCCCUAAGGAGUUCCUUGAUGUUGUUGCUGCAUUUGAGCCUGUUUGUUUAUCAAGUAGUGUUUCAGUGUUAUAAACUUACAACUUGAGGGUUAUUUGUGGACUAUUUCUAUCAAAUUUUGCUUCUAACUGGACUCAAUGUUUAGGGUUAUUUGUGAGAAUUUUUUUUUUAAAAAAAUUUUAUAUACAUACAAGUAUCAACUGUGCAAUAGAAGCAAAUUCAGCUUUGGCGUAUC